AUGGAUAUCAAUCUAACAUUUGUAGAGAAUCGUGCAAUUAGGGUUGUGGUAUUACCCAUUGGUGACAUCUCAAAUGAAUCAUUCAAAGAGUAUACAAGUUUAAUACGUACACUUGGAAUCAUAGAGUUGAGUGGUAUUACUAGAGAUGCUAAUGAAUCAAAGAUAUUAGAAAAGAUUAGUUGGGUAGAUGGACAUAUGUUAUUAAACUUUUUAGAUAGUACAGUACCUCCAAAGGAUGAAUGGGAGGAAUUACACAUCUACAAAAAGAUAUUUGGUGUGAUUGGUGUUGUCGAUUGCAAAAGAAGCAGAGAUCUGCAAGAGACAAAGAAACAAUUUGAACAAGCCGUCUCGAGAUAUCCAUCGGCUGUAGCAACCGUUUGCUAUGCCUUUGAUCCGUUGGAAGACCAACAAGAUCUCGAGAGAGGAAAGUUUGUCAUGAUCCCCAACGUUGGCGACAAGAAACACUUGUUGUUCUACCUGUCGACACUGUUGUUUGACUUUUCACAUACACUCUUGAAGCACUUUGAAAAGAUGAUCACGGAAGGAUUGGAUAAUCAGGCCAGUAAUAGUACCAACAAUAUCAUCUCGACUCCUUUGGAGAUUGUAAAGUCAUGGGAUGAAGUGGCUCGUGCCAAGAAACGUCGUCCUGGUCGUAUUAGUAAAUGUAAAGGUGAUUAUUGUUUAUUAUCUGGUUCACCUUUAGAUGCAAUUAAAUAUUAUGAUCAAAGUUUAGAAAUUUCAAAAUCAAAUAAUGAUUGGGAAUGGAUAGCAUCAUCUUAUGAAGGUUAUAUCUCUGCUGUUCUUUCAAAAAGAAAUCAAGAAUAUCAUUCACAAACAUCACAAAUUAGUCCUACUGUUCCAACAGUGCAUCACCAAUUAUUGGGUAGUGGGCUUGGAAACAAUUCGAUUGCAAUGGAUUCUGCAUCGGCGAUAGAAGACCAACAAAUCAAAGAUAUGGCAACUGAAGCCAUUUUAUGUUACAACAAGAGAAAGACACUUUCAUUUGAGAUUGAGUUAACAAUCAAAAUGGCAAACUACCAUGCUAGCAUGGAGAGAAAAACUGAAGCAUCUGAAACACUUACUCAAGCUUUUGAUUUGGCUUAUGAUUUACCUUUGGUUGAAAGAAUAACAAUAAUAUGUUCAAUAGCAUUAGCAUAUUAUUCAAUGGGAUUUAAAAGAAAGUUUGCAUUUUAUAUAAGAGAAGCAGCUUUUCUUUACAACAAGAAACCAGAGAAUUGGGAAAAGAUUAAUAAUUUAUUGAUCAUUGCCAGUAGAUUCUUCCAACUCGAAGAUUUGUUUGGUAGUGGACCCACCAACUUUUUAGAGGAGAAAAACAAGACAUACAACUACUCGGUCUCUACUGCAUCAAACACAAAGAAACAACAAUCGAGAUCAAAAUCACAACAACAGCUAGGACGAACAAACAACAAUAAUAACAAUGCACAAGGAGGCGGAAAUCGAUUCCAAACGAGAAUGCCUCAACUAUCAAUCACUCGUAAAAAGGAGGGAUGGUAUAUUUUACAAAGAUACUUGAUCUUGAAUCUUAUCAGUGCAUCCAACAACUUGCAAGAUUCACUUAGUAUCACCAAAUAUAUCAUCUAUCUACUUCGAACGCAAUACAAACAAUUGCCAAAAACCAAACAACUCGAAUUCCUAUCCGACCUCAAUCACCACUCCAAGUGUCUCAGUAUCAGUAUCAAUACCAAUGUUCAUAUGAAUAUUUUAGGGUUCCCUUUUCUUGUAAAGAUCACUCCACUUGCUCUUCCUGACCAUCUUGCACCAUUCCCAAGACAAACAGCUCAAGAUUCUCAAAAAGAAAAAUUCUUUUUUAUUUAUUCUCCUUAUGAACAAAGAAAUAAUUCAUUAGAUAAAAAGAAACAAAUGAUAUGGGUUGAAGGAGAAUGUCAUUUUUUGGUUACUUUGGCAAAUCCAUUCCAAUUUGAUGUUUUGGUACAAAAUAUAACUAUUAGUACUGCAGGUGUACCAUUUGAAUCAUUCCCACUUUCAUUCAAGGUGUUGGCCAACACUGACAAGAUGGAUAUUGUGAUUAGUGGUCGGACCCUCCGUCCAGGCCCAUUGAUUAUCAAGGGUGCCUAUAUUCGAUCGUUUAAUCUCUUGUCUGAGCAUCCCAUCGAUCCACAAGGAAAUGCCAUCUCGAUUGCAUCCUAUGAACAGUUGGUCAAACGUGAUGCCUAUUGUUUCGACCCAGAAACACCGGUUGAACCAGACGACAUUAACAAAAUUCUCAUUGCACCAGACCUUCCACUACUCCAAUUGUCUGUGCCAUCCUACGGAUCGACAUUGUCGUUGUUUACGGGUGAAGUCAACACUUUUACCAUUGCACUGGAGAAUAUCGGAUCGCAACCAAUCGAUGUGAUCCAAAUAGGAUUGGAGGCAUUGGACAAGGCAAUCGUCCGUGGCAUCGCAGCCAAAAAGAAUCAAGGUUAUGCAAGCUAUGAAGACGAUAUUGACGAUCCAAUAUUCACGUGGGAGGAUUCAAUCGUCCAAAGAAAUCUACCACUCCCACCUGGUGCAUCGUUCCUCCUUCCCAUCAAAGUGUUUGUUCGUCCAUUUAUUGCAGGUAACCAAAUGAUCAUAACCUAUCGUUCAAACCAAGACACUAGCUACCAGAGAAAGGUCACGGUACCACUCCAACUCGAUAUCAACUAUGGUCCAGAGAUUACAAACUUUGAUAUUCUCUACACAUCCAAGAAAUCAUUGCAAUCCCUCGAACCAUACAUCCUCAUGAACAAUGUGGCCGGUCAAUCACCCCUCAACACUAGCACAGGUAUCCAACAAAAAUCACCAAAUAUUCAAAACGACUAUUGUCUCUUGUUAUUUGAAGUUAAAAAUAAUUCAUCAACUCAUUCAUUUAAUAUAACCUAUAAUUCAUUAUUUAAAAACAAACAAGAAAUAACUUUGGAUAAUACAAAAUAUGAUUUGGCACCAAAUUCAACGAUUAAUAUUAUUGUACCAAUGAAAAGAGAACCAUUCCCAGAAAAUUUACCACAAAUAAGACAAGCCAAAGGUCAAUACAUUAAACCUAAAACAAAAUUAACCGAGCAUGAAGAAUAUUUAAAUAGAUUAAUCCAAUAUUUCAAAGAUUUAUUUAUUAAAAAUAUUCAAUUAAAUUGGGUAUCUUCUGAUAAUACAAGAGGAAAUGUUUUAUUAAAUGGAUUAAUUUUAACAAGUAAAAUGGUUUAUAAAUUAAAUAAUGAUCCAGUUACUGUAGAGUUUAAGGAUCAUUUAUUGUCGAAAAGAUUUGAAGUAGGAGUAUUCCAAACUUUGGAUAUUGUAAUUACAAAUGUAUUAAAUACUCCCAUCUCUGGUUUAAUCCUUCACCUUCAACCGACCGUUGAUCGUGAAGUAGAAAACAAAACGUUGGACAUAAACAAAAAAAUUGGUUAUGUUGGAUCCCUUACCAUUCCAAUUAAAGAGUUGGAAGCACAUAAAUCUUAUCAACAUAGUUUCCAGGUUGUAUUUUUCGAAAGGGAUUCCUACAAGAUUAUUGUAUCGUAUAAUACCAUCGCCUCAUUCACUUAA